AUCAUAUCAAAUCAAAUAAAACAACUUGGGAAAAUGAAAACGUCAAUCAUUGCAGUGUUUUCUUUGUUUUCAGCUCUUCUUGUUUCUGUCUCAUGGGCUACUUCAAAUUAUACAUCCCACCAGGCUUUCGUUCAGUGCCUGGAAACUCAUGAUUCCGAUCCCUCUAGUCCAAUCUCUGCGGUUCUCUACACCCGAGACAAUUCUUCAUAUUCUUCUGUUCUGCAGAAUUACAUAAGAAACCUGAGGUUUAAUGAGUCCACAACCCCGAAACCACGACUUAUUGUCACUGCAUUGCAUGUUUCUCACAUUCAAGCCGCCAUUGUUUGUGCGAAAGCGCACGGUCUGCAAAUGAAAAUACGGAGCGGAGGGCAUGACUAUGAAGGAAUCUCAUACUGGUCUGAUGAUCCCAAUUUCUUCAUCCUGGAUUUGUUCAACUUGCGAUCAAUCAAUGUUAGUAUAGAAGAUGAGUCGGCGUGGGUUCAAGUUGGCGCAACUCUUGGUGAAGUCUAUUACAGAAUUGCUGAAAAGAGCAGUACUCAUGGCUUCCCCGCUGGGGUUUGCCCAACAGUUGGCGUGGGUGGCCACUUCAGCGGUGGAGGCUACGGCAACAUGAUGCGAAAAUAUGGCCUUUCUGUUGAUAACAUCAUUGACGCGCAGAUAAUCGACGUUGACGGGCGGCUUCUCGAUAGAAAAUCCAUGGGAGAGGAUCUCUUCUGGGCUAUUACCGGCGGUGGAGGAUCCAGCUUUGGAGUCGUUCUUUCAUACAAAAUCAAACUGGUUCGCGUCCCACCUACAGUAACAGUUUUCAGAGUUCGGAGAACAUAUGACGAGAAUUUCACCAAUCUUGUUCACCGUUACCAACAAGUUGCAGCUGACAAGCUGCCCGAAGAACUAUUCAUCAGGCUCACGUUGGACGUCGUGAAUGGUACCAACCGGGGUACGUUUCUCGCCCUGUUUCUAGGAAAGUCGCAAGAACUUCUGUCGGUGAUGAACGAGAGCUUGCCUGAACUGGGAUUAGAUCAAACAGAUUGUGUGGAAAUGAGCUGGGUAGAAUCAGUGCUUUACUGGACCAAUUUCCCAACAGGAACCCCAGCUGAUGCUCUUCUGAGUAGGGUCCCUCAGGUUCUCAAUUAUUUGAAGAGGAAAUCUGAUUACCUCAAGAAACCCGUCCCCAAACAAGGGUUAGAGCUCCUAUUCCGGAAAAUGGUGGAAUUACAAACUCCAAUGCUGACAUUUAACCCGUACGGAGGUAGAAUGGCUGAGAUUUCACCGUCAGCGAAACCGUUUCCGCAUAGAGCUGGAAACAUUGCCAAGCUUCAAUAUGCUACAAAUUGGAAUGAAGAAGGGGAGGAAGCUGCAAACCGCUACUUAAAUUUGACGAGAAAGCUAUAUGACUACAUGACUCCAUAUGUUUCCAUGGCCCCCAGAGAAGCCUUUCUCAACUACAGAGAUCUUGACAUAGGAAUUAACCACAACGGGCGGAAUAGUUACUUGGAAGGAGCGGUUUAUGGGGUGAAGUAUUACAAGGAUAAUUUCAACAGGCUGGUGAAGAUUAAGACUAAGGUUGAUCCCGACAACUUCUUCAGAAAUGAACAAAGCAUUCCGGUCUUCCCAUGGAGGAAGUAAGAAUUCUUGCAUGCCAGCUAGCUAGUCAGGUCCUAUGUUGGAUUAAUUAGUUUUUAAUUAUUUCAGCUGUUCUUGUACCAAAAUAUAUACUUCAAUUAAAUUUGUAUUUAAUUUCAAUAAAAAAAUAUUACCUGGUUA